CUUGCUGCGAGUGAGAGAAUUGCUUGGGGAACCCUAGAGUGUUUAUUCCCAACUUCACUCUGCGUGUAAAAACACCUCUUUUCAAAAGGAAUGCUCUCUCCUGUAGUAAAAGAGGAUGGGGAAAUCUGAUCCAGUCGGCAGGGUGGCAUCUGUCUGAGCCCUCUCUCCCUUUUUAAUAUGAGAAUUCGAAAGCAGUGGGGAAGUGAUGGUAGACCUAUCACAGCAUUGCUAACAGACAGCCUAUUACAGUAUUUAAUAAAAACAGAAACAGCAUGCCUACCAUAGGCUAAUAGUCCUACCUCCUGCACGCUUUCAAAACAGUAGAAAGCAGCUUGAACGGAGCUUCAGAUAACUAAUUUCAAGCAUGGCUGUCUAGCGUGCCUGUCACUCCUAUUGUCCUUCCAAACUCUUUCAGACAUUUUGAGCCGGGAGUGCUAAAGCUAUGAGUUAGCAAGGGUUGUGACAUUAAUGGUCCAGAAAGGCUUUAGGCAGGAGAGGUAAUGAUGAUUACCCGUGGCUCUUCAGAGGACUGCACUGGAUCGCUGUCAUUAAAAAUUAAGCGUGGCUUUUGAGGAAGAUGUGACAACUACCGGAGGUCUUUUCAUCAUUCCUCCAGGACUUCCACCGUAAGGAAAGGAGUCUUUGGAUCCACAUCCUCUAAGAUGUUUAUAUGGACCAGCGGCCGGACCUCUUCAUCUUACAGACACGAUGAGAAAAGAAAUAUUUACCAAAAAAUCAGGGACCACGACCUCUUGGACAAAAGGAAAACUGUCACAGCACUGAAAGCAGGAGAGGACCGGGCCAUUCUCCUGGGACUGACCAUGAUGGUGUGCUCCAUCAUGAUGUACUUUCUGCUGGGAAUCACACUCCUGCGCUCAUACAUGCAGAGCGUGUGGACCGAGGAAUCUCAAUGCACCUUGCUGAAUGCGUCCAUCACGGAAACAUUUAAUUGCUCCUUCAGCUGUGGCCCGGACUGCUUGAAACUCUCUCAGUACCCCUGCCUCCAGGUGUACGUCAACCUGACUUCUUCAGGCGAAAAGCUCCUUCUCUACCACACCGAAGAGACGAUGAAAAUCAAUCAGAAGUGCUCCUAUAUACCUAAGUGUGGAAAAAAUUUUGAAGAAUCCAUGUCCCUGGUGAGUGUUGUCAUGGAAAACUUCAGGAAGUACCAACACUUCUCCUGCUAUUCUGACCCGGAAGGAAACCAGAAGAGCGUCAUCCUAACCAAACUCUACAGUUCCAAUGUGCUGUUCCACUCACUCUUCUGGCCAACGUGUAUGAUGGCUGGGGGCGUGGUGAUCGUUGCCAUGGUGAAGCUCACACAGUACCUCUCCCUGCUCUGUGACAGGAUCCAGCGGAUCAAUAGAUAAAGGCAAAAUGAACGAGAUCGUUUUCUUUAAAGCUCAAAUACUGUUUUCUUUCAUUCUUCACCAAAGAACCUUAAGUUUGUAAUGUGCAGUCUAUUAUGAGUUCCUUAAUAUAUUCUUAUACAUAGAGCAAUAAUGCAAAAGCUGUUCUAUAUGCAAACAUGACGUCUUUAUUAUUCAGGAGAAGAAAUACUGUUUUGUGUUG